AUAGAGGACGUCUUCGGGUAUCCCGCGCCGGGCAGCCUCCACCCGAUCGGCUUCCAGUGGUCCCCCGACGGCGCCCUGCUCGGCAACCUCUUCUCCCCGAACGGCACCCUCGUCCGUAACCUGUACGCGUACGACGUCCGCGCGGGUGCCCAGAGGCUCCUCGCCACCCCCGCGCGCGAGGCGUACGCGGACGAGGCGCGCCUGCCCGACGAGGAGAAGCUGCGACGCGAACGCACGCGAGAACUCGGCUUGGGCGUCACGCGCUUCGAGUGGGCGUCGCGACGCGCGAAGGGGGAGGCGCGACGGCUGCUGGUGCCCCAAUCCGACGCUGGCGGGGACAAAUUAGCGGCGAGCGAACCGAGGCUGGUGGUGGACUCCGGGGAUAACGGCGCCGCGGUUCUCGACGCGAAACUGUCUCCCGACGGUAAAUGGGUCGCGUUCGUCCGCGAGAAGGAGAUCCGCGUCGCGCCGGACGUGGUAUCGGACGCGUUACCCAGCGCGAGGGUCACCUUCGGCGCGUACGGCCGCGACGCGACGACGCACGGCCUCGCCGAGUUCAUCGCCGCGGAGGAGAUGGACAGGCCGGAAGGGUACUGGUGGUCCCCGGACGGGCGCAAGAUCGCGUUCGCGCGGGUGGAUGCGGGGACGGUGACGCCUUACCUCAUCGAGCGCGCCGACGGAAGUUCGGAGCGGCACAGAUACCCGUUCGCGGGGGGGACAAACGCGCGGGUGACGCUCGGCGUGGUGGACAACCCGCUCGAUUUCGACGUCGUCUGGCUGGACGUGGACUGCGGGCCGGGGAACGCGCGUGGGGACGAGGAGGAGUACCUCGCCAGGGUGGCGUGGUCAGCCGACUCCGAACGCGUCUUCGCGCAGGUGCAGAGACGGGACCAGCGAUCGGCGUCGUUGAUUCGCGUGGACGCUCGCACGGGCGAGCGAUGCGACCCGGCUCCGCUGGUGAUAGAGUACCCGCCGGCGGGUUGCGGCUGGGUCAACCUCGCGCCUCCGAGCGCCACGUUUCGCGAGCUACGUGGCGAGAUCGCGGAUCCAUCGGGGGUCAUCCGGGCCGGGGACUUCUUGUGGGGCAGCUGGAGGACCGGGCACCUCCACCUGUACGUGCACUGCGGGAGCACCGGGGUUUGUAAACGGGCCGUCUCCGCCGGUGACUGGUCCGUGGACGAGCUCAUCGGCGUGGACGAGCUGUCGGGUCACGUGUACUUCACGGGCGCCGCGGACGGGCCGCUCGAGAAGCACCUGUACCGCGCGCCGCUCUGGGGACCCUCCGCGGACGACGGCUCUUCGACCUCAGCGUCGAUGGCGCGUCUCACCCCGCGCGCCGGCUGGAACCUGUGCUCCAUGGACGAGGCGUGUACGAGGUUCGUGUGCGUGCACAGCGCGGCGGACAAGACCCCGACGGUGACCGUGCACGAGACAAAGGCGACGGCGACGACGACGACGGUCGAAUUUGGAGACGAGAGGGCUGCGUGUUCCUCUAAAGUGCCAUUCUUGUCCCCGCUGCUCGGGGAAAGGUUUCGGCGUUUAGCGCCGCCGACGCCGUUCGAGGUGACCGCCGCCGACGGCGCCACGAAACUCCACGGGGUGGCGUACGUCCCGGACGAGCGCGUGCACGGCCCGCCGCCCUAUCCGUGCGUCGUGAGCGUGUACGGGGGUCCCCACGCGCAGACGGUUCAGAACGCGUGGCACCUAACGACGGACAUCCGCGCGCAGUCCUACCGCUCCAGGGGCAUAUGCGUGCUGAAGCUCGACAACAGGGGCAGCGCGAGGCGCGGGCAGCGGUUCGAGCGCGCCAUCUGCGGCAACCUCGGCGCGGUGGAGGUGGAGGACCAGGCGCGCGGGGUGGAUCACCUGGUCCGGUGCGGCGUCGUCGACCCGACGCGCGUGGGCAUCUUCGGGUGGAGCUACGGCGGGUUCCUAGCAGCCACGGCGUUGGCGCGGCGGCCGGAUGUCUUCGCGUGCGCCGUAGCCGGAGCGCCCGUCACCGCCUGGGAGUGGUACGACGCGCACUACACCGAGCGUUACAUGGGCACCCCCGACGCGAACCCCGACGGGUACGCGAACGCGUCGGUGAUUGGACGGUGCGGGGACGUUAUGGGGAAGGUGCUCGUGGUGCACGGCGUCGUCGACGAAAACGUGCACUUUCGUCACUCCACUGCGUACGUCGCCGGGCUGGAACGGUGCGGGAAGACGGCCGGGGACGGGUACGUGUUCAUGCCGUUUCCCAACGAGCGACACGUCCCGCGGGGCGCCGCCGACAGGAUGUACAUGGAGCGAUCGAUGCAAGCCUUCUUCGAGGCGAACCUGAUACAGGUGGACGGUGGACGACGGGGCGCCAAGUCGGAGGAUGGCGACGGGAUGCCGGUGACAAACACUGCGCCCGCGUGA